UAGGUAAACUGAGCAUGCGCAGCUCGCAGGGCGCUGCUAAACGUCGUGGACCAGAACCAGGAUGGAGCAGCAGAAACUGGACCCCCAGGACCAGGCGGAGCAGAACCAGGACCAGGACCAGAGAACCGGAGCAGCAUCGUCCUCUAACGCUGAUCUGCAGAAAUACGAACGCAAACAGCGACCCAAACGUCACAGCUGUCAACACUGUGAGAAAGUCUUCACAUGGCCUUCAAACCUCAAGAUCCACCAGAGAAUUCACACCGGCGAGAAACCGUUCAGCUGCCUCCAGUGCGGGGCAUCUUUCAACCAGUCGGGAUAUCUAAAGAUUCACAAACGCAUUCACACUGGAGAGAAACACUUCGUCUGUGACCAGUGUGGAGCGGCUUUUACCACGUCAGGUAAUCUAAAAAAGCACCUGCGUAUCCACAGUGGAGAAAAGCCCUACAGCUGUGACCAGUGUGGCACCGCCUUUUCUCGACCCGAUUACUUAAAGCUGCAUCAGCGCAUCCACACGGGGGAGAAGCCGUACAGCUGCGACCAGUGUGACGCGGUGUUCACCCGACCGACGCAUCUGCGUACCCACCAGCGCGUACACACCGGAGAGAGGCCGUACAGCUGUUAUCAGUGCAGGGCCAGGUUCAGCUCGUCGGGAGACCUCAAGAAACACAAACGAAGCCACACCGGAGAGAAGCCGUACAGAUGCGACCAGUGUGGAGCAGCGUUCACCAGAUCACACCAUUUAACCAACCACCAUUUCAGCCACACUGGAAAGAAACAGUUCUGGUGUGUGGAAUGUGGCAAAGGCUUCAUGAGCGCUUCCUAUAUCAAAAGACAUCAACAGCUGCACACUAGAAGAAAGCUCAACCAGAUUCUGAACAUUUAGAACCUUCAUCAGAACGUCAAAGCAGAGGACUGUUGGAGGAGUUGGCGCUUCGGGGUUACUCUGCACAGAUCUGAACAGCUGAAGUUAUCACCUGGAGGAUCAAAAUGCUUUUAUAUAUCUUAUUUCUGCCACAGUCACACUAAAAAAAAACCUUCAGAUUCAGUCUGACGUCCACUUCCUGAGGAAGCAACAAACUAGUUAAAGCUUAGUUCUAUUUAAUUCUGAGUGGAUUUGGAUGAACUGGAUUUCACCGAAAUGUUUCAGUGCUGACGUUGUUUUUUCUGUAAAGUAUUCUUAGGGUGCUUUCACACCUGUCCCGUUUGGAGCAGUUGUUCCGGAACAGGGAGCGUUUCCCCCUAAAGAUCGGAACGUUUGGUAUAUGUGAACACAGCAAUCGCGCUCGGAAACGGCAUAAAACAAUUGAGCCGAGAUCUCCUCGGAGAGGUGGUCUCGGCCCGAUUCCAUUCGAGACCUGAAGCGGUUCAUUUUUUUAAUUUGUAGUGAGAAGAUAAUCGACACAGCAACCGACACAACUCCAUACAUUGUGUAUGUGCGACUGCGGCGCAAGGAGAGGAGUCGGUGCAGCCUCCACCAGCUUCCUCCUAUUGGACGUGCCGAGAUGUCGUCCCAGCGCGGCACGGUGAAAUUAAAAAAUGUUCAAUUCGGGCAGGGUUUGUGCAGCGCAAACCCUGCGGCAGGCGGCCUCUCGCCCGCCGCUGAGCUCAGUGCAGAGCUGUCGCACAUAAAUGAAUGGGUAAAGCCUGAAUUAUGGUUCCGCGUUACACCAACGCAGAGCCUACGCCGUAGGGUAACAAAAAAAUAGUAGGGUUGGUGUAACGCGGAACCAUAAAUCAGCCUAAAGCCGCCGCUGCCGGUCUGCGCUUUGCACCCUCUCUGUGAAAGGGGCUUGUUGUUUAUCCCAGUGUACGGAAGAAGAGGAAACUCCUUCCGCUUUCAUUUGACCAAUCAGAGAGCAGCUGGUUUGCGCAUGGCAUUUGUUAACAGCUUUGAACCGGUACAGACGUUUGCCUUGUGAACACAAACCCCACGAACGAGAAACGAAACAACUGUAUCGAUCGGAACAAAACAAACGGGCCACAGGUGUGAAAGCCCCCUUAGUUAGUUUUGUUGUGAGUUGUUGCUGUUUUAAGACUUAAUGAAUCUGUCCAGACGUGAGACUGUAAACAGGAGUUGCUCCAGACAGUUCUGCACCCUGUGGACUCCACCAACAGAAACCACCAGUUACAGCUACGACUAGGUCCUCCUGUGGGACUACACACCUCUCCUUCUGUCAAGACUUCAACAAUAAUGGAAUGUUUUAAUGGUUUUCCUUAACAAUUCUUUCGGCAAGGGUUUGAAACCCGGAUAAAGUUAUGUUCAGGUCUUGUUCUUGAGAAGUUCAUGGAGCUGCUCUGCAUCAGCAAAGGGAAACAAGUCUGUCUGGAGGUAGAAACUAGAGCCCUGACUGUUUUUUUUCAUCCCGCUCCUGCUGCAUUUCUGAUCAUUACCGCCCGCACCCGCAACGUGUGUGUUCCACUCCCGCCCGCACCCGCAAAACUCUGAGAAUUCGUGCCCGCACAAUAAUAGAGAUGCAUUGAUUUUGUGUCUUCUCCCGUCCCGCAAGAGAAAUAUCCAGACAAAUGUAUCUGAUUUAAUGUUAACAUGAUCAUUGUGGAGCUUGAUGGAUAAUUGACAGUUCAUAGGCACCUGACUGAAAGUUAGAUGCAUCAUUGUCAUCAUCACACAAGCUAUUUCACCUUUCGCGCACGCAUCAAUUAUGUGAUUGAGGCAUGAUAAACAUGAGAAACAUGAUAGUGAUAAUAGAUAAACCACACAACACAAUACAUUUAAACAUGACUUACUUUUUAUCAAAAACUUUGCACCAUCACACGGCACAUACGAAUGUCAAAUAUGAUAAACAACAUGAAAAACAGCUGUUUAUUAAUGUUGCAGGUAUUCUGUUUGGAAAAACUAAAAAUAAGAAUGAAAACAUUCAAUAACACCGGCAACGCCUCUUUAGAACCUAUAACCUAAUUAACAAAUGGCAACAAGAGCUGUGAGUGGUUUGAAAUUUAACACUAAUAAAUAGAUAAAAAUAAAAUAAACAAAGUUAACAAAUGAAACAAAUAAUUUAACAGAUUAAUCACUUGGCCAUAUUACUGUGCAGGAAGAGAAUGUUGCUGACCGACUGCGGUCCAAAUCCCGUGCGUCUCUCCUCCAAGAUGCUCCACAGACACUAAACGCCGGCUCUGAAGGUGCACUGGAUGCGGGGAUACUAAAAAUGAAACGCGCCAGCUUUGAGAGCGCAGGGAAGUCAUUAAAGCACGCUGUCUGGGUCUGGGUUAUCAGAGAGCCGGGAGCUGAGAUAUUCAGCCAUUUCGUCAUCGACCGGUUUUGGCGCUGAAGCAAAGGACGUGUCAUCUUCCCAGUCUGCGAAUCAGUCUGUGCUUUGGUUUUUGGCUGGUGGCUCAUCCUCUGCUGUGGCCGGGACCAGGUCAAACUGCAUCUUAUGGAUCAUUUCCUUUGCACCUUUGGAUAUAAUUUGAUAUAUAUAUAUAUAUAUAUAUAUAUAUAUAAAUAAAUAUGGAUUUAUAAAAUGGCUCAUGCAUUUUCUGUUUUUAUAAAACAUACCUUUAACCACGUUGUUAAUCUGGGGGCAACAUCCGUAGAAGUCGCAUUUUAGAAGUCAGGAGUGUUGCAAUCCUGUACAUCAGGGGUGUCAAAUGUGCGGCCCGAGAGAGAUUUUCAUGCGGCCCGCGAGAACUUUCCAACGCAAAAAAAACGAAAUGUUAAUUUACUAAAAAGGAAGGCAUAAAUAAUUGCCAUGAAUCGCAGCAUAUCCGAUAAUAUAUUUUUUCUACAAAUCCAUCGUUAUUCCACA